CAGAAGCAGAAGUUGGAGUUUCUCCAUUAAUGGCGGACCUCAAAGAACGCCUCCUUCCGCCGAGGCCCGCUUCGUUGAUGAACCUUCCCGGAAGACCCUCUUCGUCUAUUAAUCCAAGAGAACCAUCUUCUCGGCCUUCGGGCUCUGGUCGCCCGCUUUUGCAGGGAAUGGAUUUUCUGGGACUGAAGAAGCGUGGGCAAGGCCUCAGGUCAUGGAUUCGUGUUGACACUUCUGGGAAUUCUCAGAUCAUCGAGGUCGACAAGUUCACCAUGAUGCGCCGCUGUGAUCUCCCUGCACGUGACCUCAGAUUGCUUGACCCACUUUUUGUAUACCCAUCUACGAUUCUCGGCAGAGAGAAGGCGAUUGUCGUCAAUCUAGAGCAGAUUCGAUGUAUAAUUACGGCUGAUGAGGUUUUGCUUUUGAAUUCACUCGAUAAAUAUGUGUUGCAGUACGUAGUGGAGCUUCAGAGGCGUUUGACGACGCCUGCGGUUGGGGAGGUUUGGCAACCCGAUGAGUCUAAUUUGAAUCCGAAUAGAGGAAGUAGGAAUUUUGAUAACGUGUUUGGAGAUACGUCGCCGGAUUACCUGCCCUUCGAAUUUAGGGCGCUUGAGGUGGCUCUGGAGGCUGCUUGUACCUUUCUUGAUGCUCAGGCUGCAGAGUUAGAGAUAGAAGCAUAUCCUUUGUUAGAUGAAUUGACUUCGAAGAUCAGUACCUUGAACUUGGAACGUGUACGCCGCUUGAAAAGUAGACUUGUUGCUUUGACUCGUAGAGUUCAGAAGGUAAGGGAUGAGAUUGAGCAGUUAAUGGAUGAUGAUGGUGAUAUGGCUGAAAUGUAUCUAACUGAGAAGAAGACGCGGAUGGAGUCAUCAUCAUUCUAUGGUGAUCAGUCCAUAAUGGGGUACAGCUCAGUUGGGGGUGCACUCUCAGUUUCUGCCCCAGUUUCUCCUGUUUCUUCACCUCCUGAUGGCCGGAAGCUUGAGAAGAGCUUGAGCAUCACAAGAAGCAGGCAUGAGAGCAUGAGGAGUUCAGAGACUGCCACUGAGAACAUAGAAGAGCUGGAGAUGCUGUUAGAGGCAUACUUUGUGGUCAUUGAUAGUACCCUCAACAAGCUGACAUCUCUGAAGGAGUACAUUGAUGAUACAGAGGACUUCAUCAACAUUCAGUUGGAUAACGUUCGGAACCAGCUGAUCCAAUUUGAAUUACUGCUUACAACUGCAACAUUUGUUGUUGCAAUCUUCGGUGUGGUAGCAGGGGUCUUUGGUAUGAACUUCACGAUUCCAUUGUUUGAUGAUCCAAGUGCAUUCAAGUGGGUUCUUGUAAUCACUGGAAUAGUGGGGGUGGUUAUAUUCUUCUCAUUUUUGUUCUUCUUCAAGUACAGAAGACUGAUGCCCUUGUAGAAAAGAAAAAAAAAAAAACUAGGGAAAUGGAAGAUGAUUUUUUCAUGCUCUUUGUAAAUAAUAAAAGAGAAAUGAAUUCAGGAAAGACGUGAGAGCCAAGGUAAAGGAAGCUCUCUGUCAAAGGCAUUUUUGGCCCCCUCUCUUAGUAAUUCAGUUAUUGUUGUAUGGACAUAGAAAUCCCAUGUUGCUAUGCUCUCCCUUGUACAUGAAAUUUCUAAUUUGUGAUCCCAGGAAACCUGGGAGGUAUCUCUUUAUACAAUUUAAAAUUUUCUUUUUCAUC